AUGAAGACAUCAAUACCAGAGCUGCCGUCUUUCCACGUCAGUCCAUCGCAGCUCACCCACAGCGCGCUGGAUUUGAUCAAUGAUAUUCAAACCGCAACAGAGCAACUACUCAGCAAGCUCACGCCACGGGAUGCCACAUUUGAAAACGUCGUCUUGUCGAUGGCCAAGAUCGACAAUGAAAUCAAGAGUAAAGUCCAAUUCUUGGCAAUCUUCCAGGCCGUUUCGCCCUCGUUGGAGCUACGUCAAGAAUCCUCCGCCGCCGUGAGCAUGGUCGACACAGCAUAUUUGAACCUGUUCCAGGACGAAAAUUUGUUUGCAUUGGUAGAUGCUGUGCAUACCAACUGCGAUGGGGGUCAAAUGGAAAUCGAAGACCGAAAGUUUCUCACAAAGCUUCAUUCGACCUUUCUGGAUAAUGGUCUUGGGUUACAUGGGAAGAACAAGAAACGGUCUCAUGAGAUUUCCAAGCGACUGGUUGAGCUCCGAGUUGCCUUCACAGAGAAUCUCAGCGUGGAUCCUGGAUAUGUGUGGAAGAAAGAAGAAGAUUUAGAGGGACUUGGUGCCGAAAGAAUCCAAACACUUCCCUUGUGUCCCUCGAACGGCCUGCGGGGCAUACCACUGAAAAAAACCUACGUGAAUGGGGACGUCAAGUCUAUGCUAGGCGAUCUUUCGAUGUAUCUGCUCCCCAUGGCGCAGACAGAACUGGAGGCUUUGCAGCGUGCUAAACAUCCGUCCGGGGGCCCCUUCUAUCUCUGGGAUUUUGACUAUUAUCACAACAAGAUGUUGCGAGACAAUUACCAGGUCGAUCAUGAUCUGAUUGCCGAGUAUUUUCCUGCCAAAGUAACGAUUCAGCGUAUGCUCAGUGUCUUUGAAACAAUCUUCUGCUUGAAGAUUGAACAUUUGAAUGGCAUUCGAGGUGACCAUAUUUGGCACCCAGAGGUCAAGGUCUUCAGUGUACACGAUAGAGAUGACCAAGGAUUUAUUGGCUUUUUGUAUUUGGAUAUAUAUCCUCGUGAUGGGAAAUUCAAUCAUGCGGCUAAUUUUAACAUAUUCCCUUCCUACUCUGUCCCUGUGGGCAUGGAUCAACCUUUGGUCUGCACAGCUUUGGUAUGCAACGUGGCAUACCCUCUGCCUGACAAACCAGCGCUUUUAAAGCAUCACGAGGUUAUCACACUCUUUCAUGAGCUAGGCCACGCCUUUCAUGAUCUCUUGGGAAGGUCCAAGUAUGCAACAUUUCAUGGGCACAGGACAGUUGCAGAUUUUGUCGAGGCGCCAAGCCAGCUACUGGAAUAUUGGUGUUGGGUGCCUGAGUGUCUGCAGCGACUCAGCUGUCAUUAUAGCUCUGUCUCUCCGGAUGGCGGUGAAGAUGAUGAGCGUGACACUUUAACGAACCAUUCGACCCGCACACCCGAGGAGAUUCCUCGAAGCUUAUUAGAAAAGAUCGUCAAAGCUAGAUCAGUAAAUCAGGGGAUUUUGACUAUGAGACAGGUCGCCUUCAGCAAGUUUGACUUGGAGAUUCACUGCCCAGCUUCCCAUCGGGCCGUCAAGUCAACGGACAUCGGUGAGAUCUAUAACUCUCUUUUGCAAAGAAAAACUCUUCUGCAGGGUCCAGAAAAUGAUUGUCAAUGGGGGCAUGGUUAUGCAACCACCCCGCAUUAUAUUUGGGGCCAAGAAGCGAACUACUAUUCCUACUUGUACACCCGUAUAUUAGCAGCCAACAUGUGGUGGUCGAAUUUUCACUCCAAUCCAAUGAGUCAGGAAGCUGGUCUCAAGUAUCGAAAGAUGAUUCUCGAGCACGGCGGCAGUCAAGAUGAGCACAUGGCCCUUGUAGAAUUUUUAGGCGGGGAACCAACAGUUGAAGUAUUUUUAAGAUAUCUCUAG